AUGGUCGCCUCCUCCGCGCGGCCCGCCGUCCUGGCCAUGACUGGGCUGGCGCUGCUCUUGCUGCUGUGCUUGGGUCCAGGUGGCAUAAGUGGAAAUAAACUCAAGCAGAUGCUCCAGAAACGCGAAGCACCUGCUCCUACUAAGACGAAUGUGGCUGUGGAUGAGAACAAAGCCAAAGAGUUCCUGGGUGGCCUGAAGCGUGCCAGGCGACAGCUGUGGGACCAGACCCGGCCAGAGGUGCAGCAGUGGUACCAGCAGUUACUCUACAUGGGCUUUGAUGAAGCGAAAUUUGAGGAUGACAUCACCUACUGGCUCAAUAGAGAUCGAAACGGACAUGACUACUACGGCGAUUACUACCAGCGUCACUAUGAUGAAGACUCUGCCAUCGGCCCCCGGAGCCCCGACGGCUUUAGGCAUGGGGCCAGCGUCAACUAUGACGACUACUAA